CUUCUAGUUGUUUAUAGGUGGGAGAUAGUAAACAAGGUUAAUUCUGAAGUAGUUCGCCUAUAUAUAAAAUCUCAAUUGUUAUUUCUUAAAAUAAUUGUAAAGUAGUUCGAGAACACAUUUUGAAAAAUCAGGAAAAAUGAAAUUUGCGAUAAUAGGCUUAUGCUUUUUUGUAGCAGCAGUACAAGGUGGAGGUUAUGGGUUAGUUACAUCAGGAAGCUAUUUAGGUAGUGGAUACGGGGGACUUGGUUACGAUAACUACAACAUAGGAAGUUCUGGGUAUGGCGGCUAUUCAGGAUAUGGUGGUUACACUGGAUACGGCGGAUAUUCAGGAUAUGGUGGUUAUUCCAGACCUGGAUACGGAGGCUACAGUAAUUAUCACAAAACCGGCUAUGGAAGUUAUUAUCCAGGAUAUAGCAGUAAUUAUUAUCCUGGAUACAGUGGUUGGAAUAAUUACAACAGCUAUGAUUAUGAUGGUUACAGGGGAUAUGGCGGAUAUAGUGGCACCAACUUCUUAGGAGGUGGUUACAAACCAUAUAGUGGAUGGUCAUCUAACAAGUAUUAUAAGUGAAAUUUUCGUGAUAUAAAUUGAGUUCAUACAUUUUAUUUUUCAUGAUACAGUUUAAUUUGUAGAAUUAUGUAAAUAAACUUAUAAAUAGAACUAGAAACUGUACUAUUCAGUAUGUUUGUAGUUUUCUUGUGAAUUAUAUAUCUAUACAAUGAAAUAAGUAAAAAAGUCGUCACACUUUUGGCACGAGAGACUAUAGUGCAUUUUUUACCGUUGACAAUCAGUAAAUAUCAAAUAUCAAUAAUUUCAUUUAUUUAAUAUUUCUUUCUUUAAUUAUUUCUUGACAAUUCUCAUAAUGAUUGGUUUAUAAAAUGAAAAAUAAAAUUUUCAAUGUUGUCAACACUUAAUUAUGCAAAGAUUACGUCGAUUGUUGUGUUUGCGUUUAUUGUAGUUUCUCUUGAAGAUACUAAAUCGAUGUUAUGAACCUCACCGAAAGAUAAGAAAAGAAUUUAGCAUAUAAAACCGCGCCGAAAGAAAAAUUGUAUACGUGAAAAAUUUUGUAUGAGAAAAAUCAUAUUUUGGUUUAUUUAAUUCAUUUUCUUCUCAUCUUAUUCUUCAGGUGCCAUCUCCAUUUAAUGAAAGUUGGCGACAAUUUCGGCAUACUUAUUUCGGUCCUGAGAAAUGCGAAUUAAAGAUGAUGUUGUCCUCGUUUUCUUUCGAUUUUUCCUCCUCUUAUUAAUUUCCGUAUAUCAUACUUGUUGUUACGGUAUAUGUAGCCCGGAUAAGCGGCCUUUCUUCUCUUUAUUGUUGUAAGUAAUUCUGUUUCUUUUCCCAUACGUUUAAGCACUUCAUCGUUAGGUAUAUGUUGAGUCCAUGUUUCUGCUCCAUACAAGACAACUGAGUGCACCGACGCCUUUACAAAACGGUAUCUUAGGUUUAAAUUCAAGGUUGCGUUAUAAAAGGUUUUGCACCUUUAGGAAUAUGGCUCUAGCUUGUUCUAUACGUGAUUUUACUUCGACUUUAGGGUCUACAUUUGUCGUUUUGCAGCUGCCAAAAUAUUUAAAUUUUUCAAUUCUCUCUAUUGCGAUGUCAUAGUUGUUUAUGUUCAGUUGUGGGUUUGGAAGUCUUGUUAUUGCCAAUACUUUUGUUUCUGUUACAAUAAUUCUUCGGGAUUAUGCAUAACGUAUGUUGUUUAAUGUCCUGCUGUUAAUUUUUAUUCCAUCCUCAUCAUCGCCUAUUGCUUGGUUAAAUAUGUGCUCAGAGUACACAUUGAACAGUAUUGGCGACAAAAUACAACCCCUGUCGUUUGUCCAUAUCUAACCGUUUAUUCUUGGUUCCAUAAAGAUUUCUAAUAAACCUGAUGUCUUGUUUGUAGUAAUGUCGGAAGGAUAGUAUGAUUAACUCGAUCGAAGUCUUUCUCGUAGUCUAUUAAACUACGAUAUUUCCUCAUGUCUCGACAUUUCUGAAAGAGUAUUAAUAAAUAUUUUCUCUCAUAUUGCCCUAAAUUUCUUUCGUUUCGGUACAUCUACAACUAUACAGGAAUUAGAUGUAAAAAACCCGAGCUCGCUACAUUUUUCCUGUGAAGAGAUAUUGCUGCUACAAACAGACGGACAAAGCGCUGGCAAUAGCGCGUGUUUUCUCGUAAAAAAGUAAU